UACCUCUCCGCGCAGCAGCAGCGCAGCUCGUGACGCUCUCCACCGUCUCUGUUAUGAGAGGUGAUUUGGUAACGUGUCUCUCUGGACAACAUUUGUUUGCUAAUCUGGUUACACAACCUGUUCACCUGCAGCGACGUGAGGACACCACAGCUUCACUUCAGCACAGCUUCACUUCAGCUGGAGUCCAGUGAGCUCACAGUAGCUGAUCAUGUUUCCAGCUGGAAGAUACUCGAGUAAAGCCCACAGGUGUAUCCGGGCUUUGAGGACAGUACAGAUAGAUCAUGCUGCCCCUCAGACGUACACAACACUAAACAGAAGGGCAUGCUCUUCGGUGUCAACACCCCGCAUCACAACACACUACACUAUCCAUUCCCGAGACAAAGAUUCAAGAUGGGAAGGGAUCGAAAUGGAGAGGUUUGCCGAUGAGGCAGAUGUGGUGAUAGUAGGCGGUGGCCCUGCUGGACUUUCAGCAGCCAUUCGUCUGAAGCAGCUAGCCAACGAACAUGAGAAGGAGCUGCGAGUGUGCCUUGUGGAGAAGGCCUCUCAGAUUGGAGCACACACCCUGUCAGGAGCCUGUGUGGAGCCCACUGCCCUCAACGAACUCUUCCCCGAUUGGAAGGAACGAGGGGCACCCAUGAACACUCCAGUGACUGAAGAUGUGUUCAGCAUUUUAACGGAGAAACACAGAAUCCCUGUCCCCAUUUUGCCAGGUCUGCCGUUUGUGAAUCAUGGUAACUACAUUGUGAGGCUGGGGAACUUUGUGCGCUGGCUGGGGGAGCAGGCCGAGGAGCUUGGAGUGGAGCUGUACCCUGGUUAUGCUGCAUCUGAGGUUUUGUUUCACGAAGAUGGAAGUGUAAAAGGAAUUGCCACCAAUGAUGUAGGCAUCGCCAAAGAUGGCUCACCGAAGGAUGUUUUUGAGAGAGGAAUGGAGCUCCAUGCUAAAGUCACAUUGUUUGGAGAGGGCUGUCAUGGCCAUUUGGCCAAGCAGCUUUACAAGCAAUUCAACCUGCGUGAGAACUGUGAGCCCCAGACCUACGCCAUUGGCCUGAAGGAGGUGUGGACGGUUGAUGAGAAGAAGUGGAGACCCGGCAGAGUGGAGCACUCUGUGGGCUGGCCCCUGAACAGACACACAUAUGGAGGAUCCUUCCUCUAUCACCUGAAUGAAGGAGAGCCACUGGUGGCAUUGGGCUUUGUGGUUGGUCUAGACUACUCCAACCCUUACCUGAGCCCCUUCAGGGAGUUCCAGCGCUGGAAGCAUCAUCCCUUCGUAGCUCCCACACUGGAGGGAGGCACCAGGAUUGCAUAUGGAGCCAGGGCUCUGAACGAGGGAGGAUUCCAGUCCAUCCCAAAGCUGACGUUCCCUGGAGGGCUGCUGAUCGGCUGCAGCCCCGGUUUCAUGAACGUCCCGAAGAUCAAAGGCACCCACACCGCCAUGAAGAGUGGCAUGCUGGCGGCCGAGGCCAUUUUCCCCAAAGUCACAGCAGAGAGUCCGGAUUCAGAGACAGCAGGGCUCCACAUACCUGAGUACGCUGAGGAUUUGAAGAAGUCGUGGAUAUGGAAAGAGCUGCAUGCAGUAAGAAACAUCAGGCCGUCCUUCCAUAAUUACUUUGGCCUGUACGGUGGCAUGGUCUACACCGGAGUUUUCUACUGGAUCUUCAGAGGAAAAGAGCCGUGGACGCUCAAACACUGUGGCCUUGAUGCAGACUCGCUGAAACCAGCUAAAGAGUGCACACCGAUUGAAUACCCCAAACCAGACGGCAAGAUAAGCUUUGACCUGCUCUCCUCUGUGGCAUUGAGUGGCACCAACCACGAGGGAGACCAGCCCGCCCAUCUGACCCUGAAGAAUGACUCCAUCCCCGUCGAAAGGAACCUGGCCAUAUACGACGGGCCUGAGCAACGCUUCUGCCCCGCAGGUGUGUACGAGUACGUUCCCAAGGAUACAGGAGAAGGGAUGAGAUUGCAGAUAAACGCUCAGAACUGUGUCCACUGUAAGACCUGCGAUAUCAAGGACCCGAGCCAAAACAUCAACUGGGUAGUGCCUGAAGGCGGCGGAGGACCAGCCUACAAUGGAAUGUGAACAUCUUUGGGUUUUUUUUACCUUUUUUUUGUCUAGAAAGUUAACUGUAAAGUAUCAUCAUUCAGGGUUGAGGUACUUGACAAUGAUGGUGAAUGUGCCUAAAUAUGAAUAACUAUAUAUCUGUUUUUGAGAGUAUGAAAAAGAAAAUAUGCAAAAAGAAAGGAUACUAGAAAUAAAUUCUUAAUUUAUAGUGAUUUUAAGUUGCAAAAUACAGGACCAUAUAAAAGUGAAGUUAGAGGACAGUUUGCAGUUAUUGCAUCAAUGCUACAAAAUCCACAAUAUGGGCAUUUUAAAUAGUUUUAAAGUGGCUUUUAUUUCUGUUUGAAGAAGUACUCAACUAACUGUAAUAGUUAAUAUAUUUCCUUCAAAAUCUUUCUGUAAAUGAUAAAGCAAACAAGCAGUUCUCAAAUUAAGCUUUAUUUCAUUUAUUCCAGGUAUAUUUGGACAGCAUUUCAUCCACACAGUAUUGUACAUAAAAUCAUUAGAUGAUAAUAUCACAGUAAUGAAUAAAGAACUCUUGACUGUUAUCGUUUUAUUGAACUCUGUAAAAAACAUAAAUAAAAACAGAUGGAUGUACUGUAUGAGGCUGAGGGGCACUGUAUCAAAAUCCAUGAAACAAUACAUAGACAACUUUUGCUUUGCUGAACUACUUCAAAACCCCAGAACAAGGACCGGUAUAAAGUGUGAACCCAGUUUUUUGAGAGCAGUGGAGUCAGCCAUGCAUCAAGACUAACACUCAAACUAUUCAUUACAGUGAAGACACUUGUCAGAAUUAAGACAGGUCAAAGCUUACAACAGUUAUUCCCUUAAAACAACACAGUGAGAAAUGUGCCCUCUUGAAAACAUGAAAGGACCCACCAACUGAAAAUACUGUACAUUUUCACCUGGUUACAGAACGCCUUUAUCUGGGUGCAGCUUCCCCCACGUAGAGAUGACUUCAAAUAUUGAUAAACGUUACUCACAAGAAUUCAUUGCAUCAUUUUGGGUGAAAUGUUCACAGAAACAUUCUGGCAUAGAUUUGCUUUUCUUUCUCCUUCUCCUCCUGGAUUUUAAGCUGAACCCUCUUCAGCUCGUUGCCGAUAGCUGUCAAAAAGAAAAACACUUUGAAUUAGAUCAACAAGUGAAUCGAUUCACCGAAUGUUAUUAUGUCUGUUUCACCUGGGGUGUUGGACUUCAAAUCAUUGUUUUUGAUGCCCAAUGCGCUACAUUUUGUCUUUCUGCAUGCUGGUGGUGUAUUACUUCCAAAUUGUUCCCCUAACAAUCAGACUAACCAAACAGUGAUAAAACGCUCAGAUCAAAUUAGAUAAAGCGUCCAUUCUUUAAACAAUUUGGACAGAAACAAUUUGACCCACAGGUAGCUGAGGGAGUUUUAGCAUUAGAGCAGUGUUGUUUAUCUUUAGCUGAUGACUUGUUUUUGCACACUCAUUGCAAAGACUUAAAAAAUAAAAAGACAUGAACAAAGCGGAUGUGACAGUUGCUUGCCAUCCCCUGCAGUUGGUUUGCAAAUAGCACGGUAUUGCAAUAUUGCGGUUAUUGCGACUAAUAUGAUCAAUUUGCAUCCUGAGAGGUCUUGGGAUGAUGAAUACAGUUACUCAGUUCCCCCAGGAACAAACUUGACGUGUUCCUGCAGUCCCGGACUACUUUUCUUCAUGAGCUUGCAUACUAAGUUGGAAUAAUACAUCUGAAUAUGCAUGAAAUGGUAAAUAAAUAAAUUAAAAUAUGUAAAUGUGGGAGAAGAAGGGGAAAUAUUUGCAGCAUUUUUUGUCAGGGAUGAACAAACAGAAAAAUAACGAAGACAAAUUCCCCACCUUUGUCUUCUGGAGCUAUUCCCUGAGCUUUCUUCAGAUCGAUCUGAAAAGUGCACAAAACAAUUUGGUGAGUCAAAACUGACCUCAGACUGCUUCAAAUACUGAACAUCUACCAAGAUCAAUGCGUCUGGACAUGUAACAAUGAAAUAAAUGAGCAGUUAUUAC